AUGCGGGCUAAUAAGUGAAAACUACAAAAUACAAACACACCUAGAACCAAGUUAGUUCACUUACAUGCCUAAAUUAGAAAAAUUAGGUGACCCAAACAUUUUUUAUUGACUUCUCUUUUGUAACAACUUCCUUAUAAAACCCAACUCAUUAAUUUCAUUUAAUAUUCACUCUUAUUCCCUCUAAUAAAACAACUAAGGAAAGGUAGAAAACGUUCUUUUUUUGCAUUGUUAUCAUAAAAUUCAUAACACACAAAAAAAAAAAAUGGCUUCACUAGUUGCAAUGGUGCUAGUCAUGAGUAUGUUAUCAGGUGGAGCUUUGGCUCAGUCAGGCUGCACUUCUGCUAUAGUUGGCUUAGCCCCAUGCCUUAACUAUAUCUCUGGAAGCUCUUCCUCCCCAUCUUCUUCAUGUUGUGCGCAACUAUCGAGCGUGGUUCAAUCACAACCUCAGUGUCUUUGUCAAGUUCUCAAUGGAGGUGGCUCUUCAUUCGGAGUCACCAUCAAUCAGACCCAGGCUCUAGCCCUCCCUAGCGCCUGUAACGUUCAAACUCCGCCUGUUAGCCGAUGUAAUGGAAACCAACCAUCAGGGAGCUCUGGAGGAUCUCCUGUUGCUUCCCCAAGUAAUACUCCUGCGGAUGCUUCGCCACCUGAGGGUUCAGUCACUCCUGACACUCCAACAGUUUCUAGCAUUCCUUCAGCUGGAAGUGGAUCUAAAUCAACAACUGGGAGCACUUCUAAUGGAAAUAUGACCAAAUUUUCGAUUCAUUUUACUCUUUUUCUUCUCUUCAUCACUUCAAGUGUUUCUGCUAUCAUUGUAAUUUGAAGUUAGAAACAUACUGCGUAGUUUCUAAUUGCUGGAAAUAAUAAUUUAUAUUUUGAUCGGCUUGUCCAUCUAUAGCAUUUAUCAUUGCUUAUGUAGUUAUGUAUACUUGUAAUGUAAAACCUUAUAUCAUAAUUCAUUUAUAUAUAUCAAGACAUCCUUUACUAGCUCUUAA